AUGGCAGAGUCUCAACCGAUUGCUACGCUUAACACUGGUGCCAAGGUGCCUAUGAUUGCUUUGGGAUGUUACAUGGGCAAGCCUGGUGGUGGUCAGCAAGUCGUGGAUGCCGUCAAAACUGCUGCCAAAGUGGGCUACCGCCACUUUGACACGGCAGCCUACUACCAGAACGAAGACAAGGUCGGUCAGGGAAUACGUGAGAGUGGCGUGCCUCGUGAGCAGCUUUUUGUUACGACGAAGCUGCGCAAUGACUGCCACCAUGACGUGGAAGCAGCCUUUGACCACUCGCUUGAACUGCUCAAUGUCGACUACAUCGACAUGUACUUGAUGCACUGGCCCAACUCGACUAAGCCGAACGAGCCCAAUGUGGCUGACGAUUCCAUUGACUAUGUUCAGACUUGGAAGAACAUGGAGCGUCUUCUUGAAACGCGUGCCGGUAAGGUGAAGGCUAUUGGUGUAAGCAACUUUAGCACCAAGACGCUGCCGCACUUGCUCGAGCAUGCCAAGGUCAUACCGGCGAUGAACCAGAUUGAGACGCAUCCGUACAACCAGACGAGUGACCUGGUCGCUUUGUGCCAGAAGCACGGCAUCGUCGUCUCGGCCUACUCGCCUCUGGGCCUGACAGACUCGCCUAUUUUCAAGGACGAGGAUGUACUGGCAGUUGCCAAGGAGGUGGGCGCGACUCCCGCACAAGUGAUCCUUAACUGGAACGUGCAGCGCAAUGUCGUGGUCCUGCCGAAGAGCGUUACGCCUCACCGUAUCGAAGAAAACUUCAAGGUCGUGAAGCUUUCUGAGGCACAGAUGGCCAGGAUUAGCAGCAUCGAAAAUGACCCUAAGCGCCAGUAUCGCCUGUGCAAGGUGUUCGACCCCAAGACACAGACUGUGUUUGGCUGGUCAUACGAGCGUCUGGGUUGGACAACGCGCCCGCUGUAA